CCCACACAUAUAUAUACACACUGUUAGCUUCAUUACAGUAACAUCUAAAAUCCACGAAGCUCAGACCAGCAAUGGGUACAGUAUCUGUUGCAUUGGUCUUCCUCUUCCUCGUCUUUCUCUGCUUCCCCAUCUCAUUAGACUCCCAGAAACUCGAUCCAGCGACGAGCUUGCUCAACCAAGAACAAGCCCAUGCAGAGUUUAUAAUCAAAGAUAUAGGAGGAGAAGAUAACAAGAGCAUCGACAUCUUCCGGGCAGGGAAAGGAGGUCAUGGAGUUACAGGUGGAAGAGGCGGCGGAGGCCGGAAAGCAUCUCCAAAAAAAAGUAAUGCCGCCAUGGACCACACGCCAACGUUCUUCUCCGCUGCCUCCAUUCUCUUUACUGGUUGUAUAAUGUUUUCAUUAACUUCUUUCAAUAUCUUACAUAUUGUACUGAAUAUUAUAAACUUUGAAUUCUAUUGAAAAUUUGGAACGGAUACAGAA